AUGGAAAAUUCGGCGGUUAAGAGCAACCCGGCUCUACUGACCACUGAAAGCCAUAGGGCACGGUCUUGCUCACCCGCUCUGCUCACUCCGACUCCCGCGUCAUGGAGUUCGCAGUGUAAAAACCCCCUUCCAAUGGCGGAACCAAAUUUCGUACCAACAACAAACAGUGCUGCAAUUUCUGCAACCACAGCGGCAUCCACUGCAAAUAAAAAUACCGGGACAUCAACGAUUACAGCGAGUACAAAAACAACAACUUCGGAAAGUGCCAAAACGGCCCCGGCCAAACAGACUGGAUUGGAUCGAUUUAUCCAACUUAAGCGCAAGCUCAGCCCGCAGAGUAAACCAGCAGGCAAUAAAACAAAAAUUAACCGCGUCCAGAAGAUCGACGAAGAAUCAGGAAGAUCCAGUAGUAACAGAUUUGCCCUACUGGCGGAGGUGGACAAGGGCAAGGCAGCAAGGGCAUACAAGUGA